GCUGCUGCUGCUGCAGACUGGACAGGGCUUGCAGGGCGGAAAGUGCCUCCUGCCUUCAAGAAGAAGAAAAACUAAAAUCCCCUUUCGUCUCCCUUCAACGGGCUGGCCGGAGCCUCCCAGCUCCUCCAUCGGCUCUGACAGACUGCCUCUCCCAACUCCAGCAACCCCACGAUCCGGACUUCACCGAAAAGCCUCCCGACUCCAAGCCUCCAUCCGCCAUUUUCAGCAGAUGGAAAGCAGGUAGAGCAUAAAACCCCCAAGCCCCCGGUCCCAAACAAACGCAGUGCGGAUCAUGGCUUGCACUGGAGGGUCAGUGGAGUGUCUGGAGGAAAUUCCUCCUCACGUGUGGAGCGGCUUGCCGGACUAUCUCAAUCUCGGACCAUCAGCCAUAAAUCCGAGCCGCAUCGGUGUUUGGGCCACAAAGGUGAUCCCGAAGGGGAAGCGGUUCGGUCCGUUUAUGGGAGAGAAGAAGAAGAGGUCCCAGGUGACCAGCAAUGUUUACAUGUGGGAGGUUUAUUUCCCGGCUCGGGGAUGGAUGUGCAUCGAUGCCACAGACCCCCUGAAGGGGAACUGGCUCCGGUACGUGAACUGGGCUCGUUCCAGCGAGGAGCAGAAUCUGUUUCCUCUGGAGAUCAACAGAGCCAUUUACUACAAAGUUUUGAGGCCAAUCGGGCCGGGAGAGGAGCUGCUGGUGUGGUACACGGUGGAAGACAACCCCGAGAUAACAGCUGCACUGGAGGAAGAAAGAGCCAGCAGAAGGAGCUCACCCAGGUCGAAACGAGCCAGAAGAAAGUUGGUGGAGAAAGCCCGACAGGCUGGUUUGGGUGGAUUCAAGAAAACAAGUGGAACCAAAACUACUGUCAGGGAAAUGUGGGAGGGGGGAGAAGGAGUGAAGGAGGAGGGCGAGAGACCAUCAGGGACCUCUCAGGAACUCCACCCGUUAGGAAACACGAACCACAAGCAUUCGCGGGACAUGUCGGCGCCAGCGAAGGACGGGGGCAAUUGCGAGGAAGAGGAGGAAGAAGAAGAGGAGGACGAGGAAGAAGACGCACGGGACGCGCAGAGCAAAACCUCCAAGCAGCAAUCCGAGCCGUCCAGCUCGUCGUUAUCCGGCAGCGGAGAAAGCCAUAAGGAUCCGGAGGAAAGCCCCCCGCUGGCCCAGCGGGACGGGGACCCUGAGCCCGACCCCGACGUGGAGCUGGAGGAGGAUCUGCAAGAGGAAACGUAUCCCUGCGACCACUGUGAGCGCCACUUCUCCUCCAGACAGGGCCUAGAGCGCCACGCACACGUCCACGGCAUCAGCAGCCAACAAGCACAAGUGUUUAAGUGCCGCUACUGCAAUAAGGCUUUCAGCUCGCAGGUGGGGCGCCGGCGGCACGAGAGGAGGCACGAGAACGGCUCGAAGAAGAUCCCCGGCUCGCAGGCCGGAGUCGCCGGCCUCCUCAGUCCCGCAGCGCAGGCCGACUCCAGUCCCGACUGCACCAGCCCGACCAUCCAGUACAUAGCCAUAGGGUCCCAUUUUACCGGGGCACAGCUGCAGAUCACCGAGCUGCAGAGAAAGGAGCCGGACCCCCACGCCGAUCGGCCCUCGAUGUUCGACGAGAACGGGGAGUCAAAGGAGCUCCAUCCCUGCAAGUACUGCAACAAGGCGUUCGGCACGCACACCAACAUGCGCAGGCACCAGCGCAGGAUACACGAGCGCCACCUGCUGCCGAAGGGCGUUCGCAGGAAAGGCAUGCUGCUGCAGGAGGCGGCGCCGCAGGCGGGCCGGUCCCCCGGCACCAGCCCCCCUCCGGUCUACAUGCCCAGCGCCGACACGGAGGACGAGGCCGACAGGGACGACUACGCCGUCGACAUCUCCAAAAACAUUUCCGAAAACCUCAGCUUCUACAUCGACGGCAAGAUCGUGUCGACGAGCGCGGCGAGCAGCUGCGAGGUGAUAGAGGUGGACACCCGGUCGGCGGCUCUGUUCGGUCUGGACACGGUCGUCCUCAGCCCCAAUCAGAUCAGUCAGGCUCUGAAGGUGGAGGCCAGGAUGAGCGCCGCCAAGCCCCUCUCCAGCAACGAGCAGUCGGCGGCAAAGAGGAGAACCUCGACGCCCCCUCUGGUCACCGGCCUGAAGGUGGAGACGGAAACCUCUCCGUCCCCGUCGUCCUCCACGUCUUCCUCGUCCAACUUGUUGGUGGGGGGGCUUUUCCAGCAAGAUCCCUCGACGCUGCAGAGGGAGAAGACCAUCUAUCUGUCGCCUAAACUCAAACAGCUCCUCCAGACGCAAGACUUCCAGAAAUCGACGCUGGCGCUCAUCACGGAGAGCCACAGGCUGGCCUCGCUUCCAGGAGCGUCGGGGAAGUUCAAGAGGAGGACGGGCUCCCCGCCUGCGUCCCCGCAGCUCAGUCCGGCAGCAAAAACCGACGGCUGUAAAGCAGAAGCGGGCGGCGGAAACGUCCUCAAGGUGCCAAAGCUGGAAAGCCACAGCGUGCCGCCGCCCGAAAGCUUCCUGGACGAGGACGACGAGGAUUCUCCCAGCUCCUCCGGCGAUCAGGCCUCCUCCAGCGGCGGCGGCGGAGGAGGAGGCGCCUGCAACCAGCAGCCCUUGGAUCUGUCCAGCUCGGUGGGCAGACGGGGCGACGGCGCCGACCAGGCCGCCGGAGACUCCGCUCUGGAUCUAAGCGUGCAUCGGAAAGCCGCGCCGGAGCCGGAGGUAAAGGGGAGCGCUGCGCCGCUGACGAAGAAGAAGAAGCCAAACACCAGCAUGCUGGAGAAGGUGCUGAUGAACGAGUACGUGGGUCUGACGUUGCCGGGCGACGAGGGGCCCUCCGCCCUGGCCAACCUCAGCUGCUUUCGUACUCAGUCGCCGAGCGUCGCGUCGGACUCCGCCCACCCGUCCCCGCCCUCCCUCACCCCGGUCACAAUAAACCCCUCCUCGCCCAGCUCCUCCAGCGUAACCUCGCCCACGCCGCCUCCUCCCGUCCUCCCCACCAUGCCGUCGCCCCCGACGCUGCCCAGCUCCCCGCAGCCUCCCGACUCGCCCGCCCCGAGACCCCUCCCCGUCCUCUCACCAAAAAUGUCCCCCAAAGGCGACGAGCGCCAGCCUCCGUCGGGUUCGGACGAACGCUUCUCGGCCGAGGAAGACCAGGACGAAGAUGUUUUAGAGCCCCAGGAUUACCCAAGCACUCCACCUAGAAGUCCUCCUGCUCAGCCAGCAGCACCGACUCCUCCGGCCGAGGAAGAGGAUGACGCUCCUCUUCCUGCAGCCUGUCGCAGCCUAUCAAACGGCAGCUUAUCGCGGGACGCUGCUGAGGAAACAAAGACGUCUGUGAAAGCUGACGUCGCUGCUCUCUCCCCUCAACCAGGACCGCCGUCGUCCUCUGAGUCGCCUCCUCCCGAACCACACGAGUCGUCUCCACCCGCGGUGUUGGACCCGCUCCCUCAGGCUAAAGUGAAAGAGGAGCCUCUGCAGGAUGAAGACGACUCGCCCGUCGCCAACCACUCGCCCGCCGCGGCCGCCGACUCCCCGCCUCAGCCCGCCGCUCCCGACAAGCUGUCCGACAAACCCCCGGAGGCCGAGGAGCCCGACUCCACCUACUGCAAGACCUUCGUGUGCAACGUGUGCGAGGAGCCGUUCGACUCCAUCAAGGAGCUCAGCGGGCACAUCCCGGAGCACGCCGCCGCCUGGCCCUUCAAAUGCGAGUUCUGCGUGCAGCUGUUCGGCGACGAGGCGUCCGUGCUGGCCCACCGGACCACGCUGCACGGCGUGGGCCGCAUCUUCCUCUGCUCCGUCUGCUCCAAGGAGUUCGCCUUCCUCUGCAACCUCCAGCAGCACCAGAAGGACCUGCACCCCAACGAGGCGUGCUCGCACACCGCCGUCGAGAGCGGCAAGCUCAGGCCGCAGAAUUACACCGACCCGUCCAGAGCCAAGGAGGAGAGCGCCCCGUCGACGCCGGCGCCGGGAACGCCGGGCGAAAGCGACACGGCGGUGAAGGAGGAGGCCGACGUGAACGGAAACAACGCGGAGGACCCCAACGAGGAGCUGUACACUACAAUAAAGAUCAUGGCCUCAGAGGGAGGCAAGCCCAAAGGUCCCGACGUCCGCCUCGGCAAAAAUCAACACUACCCCAGCUUCAAGCCGCCUCCUUUCCCCUACCACAGCCGCUCCCACGCCGCCUCGGUGGCCUCCGCUACCAACUUCACCACCCACAACAUACCGCAGACCUUCAGCACCGCCAUCCGCUGCACCAAGUGCGGCAACAGCUUUGACAACAUGCCCGAGCUGCACAAGCACAUCCUGGUCUGCGCCAACGCCAGCGACAAGAGGCGUUACACGCCCAAGAAGAACCCCAUCCCCCUGAAGCAAAUCGUGAAGAGCCCCAACGGGGUGGUGGCGUCCACAGUGGCGGCGGCGGCGGCGGCUGAAGUGGCGGCGGCGGCGUCAGAGGCCGUCGCCGGCCAGAGUCCCUUCCGUCGGAUGGGGCAGCCGAAGAAACUCAACUUCAACCAGGAGACGGGAAAAACGAAACUGAGCGCCCUCAGCAAGAAGAAAAACCAACUCGUCCAGAAGGCGAUCUCGCAGAAGAACAAAGCCGCCAGCACCGCCAAGAAGGCCGCCGUCAAAGUGGAGGAGGAGGCGGCGGCGGCGGCCUCCAGCGUCUGUCCCCACUGCAGCCGGGAGUUCACCUACACGGCCAGCCUGAACAAGCACAUGGCCAUCAGCUGCCCCAUGAGGCCCGUUGUUGCUGCUAAGAAGGGCAAGAAGGGUUCGGCGGAGGUGAAAAAGGAGCCGGUUAUUGUGGAGAAAAACACAAAUAAGAAGAAACCUUCAGAAGAGGACGCGCACGCCGUGCCAGAGGCUAAGCCGCCAGGCAAGAGACGAGCCCGUGGUUUGACCGCAGCCGAGCCAGAACCCGCCGAGGCGAGCAAAGGAAAGCCUCCUUCUGCAGUGGGUCGAUUAAAAAGGCCCGCCUCGCUCUCUGCGCCCGUUUCCCCCCGCAAGAAAACCAAAAAGGCCCCAGCUCAGGCUCUACCUCCUCCACCUCCUCCUGCGCCAGACACUCCCAGCGACGCAGCGCAGCGGCCAGCCGCCAGAAUGCAGCGUAUGGGUAAAAAGCCAGCAGCCAAGAGGUCAGCGGAGGUCAAGCCACCGCCAACGCCGCCUCCUCCGCCACCUGCAACGCAGCUGAAGAAAGACGAGCGGCUCUCCCUCAGGAAGAGGAGCAGAGCAGGCGGACCGGUCACCAGGAGCUCGCAGAUGGCCAACGCCGCUCCUCCUGCUGAGGUGAAGACCGAGGAGCAGCCGGUGCCGGAGACGAAAGACCCCCAGGAGGUGACGACGAAGUAAGCCGCGCUGAGCCGUGUCACGUUUCGCUCUGAGACGCAGGGGUCCCCUACCAGGCGAACCCUUCGGCCUCAUCAAGGCACCGGGGACCGAGGCGGUUUUAUCCGUCUAAGCUCGGUCUGCCUGUGUCGGCUGCCUUUCCUGGACCUGAAGGCGGGGAAACCCUCCUUAUCUUCCACUUAUCUUACGAACUGAACUGAGCCUUGAAUUCUGCCCAGCCUUGCAAAAAAAAAAAACACAACAACAACGACAAAAAAACAGGAUACUGUAGAUUAUGGUGACAUAAUAUGAACAAUCUGUGUCAUACUCGACCCAAAACCGUGAGAUUAGGGCUUUGUUUUGUUUUGUAAACUGAUCUAUUGCAAAUGGCAAUCAUGUGUCAGAUGGGGGAGACUUCACGAUUUCUUUUGUUCUGUAUUUUUUUUUUUUUUUUUUUUUUUGGGGUUAAGUUUUUGAUUCUCCUAAUGCAUGUGCUGAAUAGAGGAAAAACUAGAUUGAACCAGUCCUUAUGCGUCUCCCUGUGGGCAGUACUUAAGUUUAAAGAUGAUUUGCAAAGUAUGUAUGUUUUGAUUUUUUUUUUUUAUAUAUAUAUAUAUAUUUCUAGCCUCUAUAUUGUAGAAUAUAUCUCAUUGGCUAUUAUUGUUUGGGGAAACGAACCUCAAAACGGCAGCAAACAAUGUUUUUUUUUCUGCAGCAACCGGUCCUCAGGAACACUGUCUAAGCGUGUGGGUAGGUAUUGUUAUGGUUGGGUGUGCAGCCAGACCGCGCUUCCUCCGUGUCUGCGUCUCAAACGUGUCAUGUUUUUAUUAUUUUUUUUUGUUUUGCUUCGGUUUGACUUUUAUCAGACGUUAGCAGGUGACUCCCAGAGUGAAAUGAUGGGAGGCCUGUUGUGAUCUCCUUUUUUUUAAAUAUCUGUCACUCAAACAGCCCGAUGUUCCUACAGCACUUUAAAACAAACUGCCAAAUCUUUAAGCUGGAUCAGCGAGACGCGCGCGUCUGAGGUGUGUGUGCGACGCGGCGCGCUCUCCUCUGCAGACGUUGGUAGCGUGCCCAAAAAACACGACGCAAGACUAAUCUUUGAGUGCAACUUCUGCAGCCUUUUCUGUAAGCAAAUUUCUAAACUGGCGUCUACGUCGAGGUAUUUAAACGCGCGAACGUGGCACAUUUUUCUACUCCGUGACAGAAAGGCGUUCAGCCAGAUGUCCGCGGACGUUAUUUUUUUAAAUUCAGGAGCCACACUAACUGCUGUGAGGACGGAAUAUGGUUUUGUUUCCUGGAGUAUGUUUGAAUUUGUUUUGUGAAUGGAAAUAUUUGUAUUUUUCGGGUUCAGUACUCACCUUUUUUCGAUCAUAAUCUUGCCCAGAUGUACCACAGAGAAAGCGAGGGGGAAUAAAAUAAAUAAAAUAAAAUAACCCAAGCAGUGCUUAAAAGCUCGUAGCAUUUGUUUAGAAAUUAAUUGGACAAUUAAGAAUUGAAGCUAAUUUAUAUUUCCAUGAAAAUUAUGUUUUUUCCUCUCAGCAUUGAGAUUAUGUAUUUAAGGAUGAACAAAGACAAAAAAAUCCCAAAUGACCUCAAGUGAAAUGUUGUAAUUAAAAUUAUAAAUAAAAAGAAGUUUUUCAA